UUUCAGGAUUAUAUUACUUAGGUUUUAUUAUGGUAGAGUAGAUUUUAAAUGGGGUUUUAGUGGGAAGCAUGCUGUCACUGUCAGUUUACAGCUAGGAAAACCAAGGCACAGGGAGAUAAAGUGGUUUGCUCAAAGAAACUGGAGACAUAGAAGAGGCAAAUACCCAAGUAUUCUGAGUCGUGAUUCAUGUAGGUGAAGUGAGCAAUGGAAAUUAAGUUAAAUGAGGUUUUUAACUACAGAAAUUCAUAUGCAUUACCUUUUGCUGCCUAGCUCUUUCUGGGGGACUUGCCUGUGUUGUGACACUGAUCAUCAAGAUGUCACAUCAAAGGAAAAUGUUACAUAGGGCCAGAAAUGGGUGGCUGCUGCCAAGGAAAGAGGCAGAAACCACUAGGAGAGCCAGAGGAAGAACAUCUCCUGCUCUGGCUAGGUUAGGGGCAGAAGUCAGCAUACAGCAGGAGCUUUUCCAUGCAGGAGUUUUUUUCUUAAGAAGCUGAUAAAUAUCCAACAACUUUUCUUGUAGGAAACUUCCAUGCUAGAAUAUUGUCACCUCCAGUUCAUCAUUCAGCAACAUCUUGACACUUCAAAGCCUGGAGCGUCUCUUACUGCUGCAUAACUCUGCCUUGAAUUGACAUACGAGACAUCUUAAGGAGUCUUUCUCUGCUUCCUGAGCCAAGGGGUUUGUUACAAUGGAUUUCUCAUGGACCUGUGCAAUGUGUGUUCAGCAGAGCCUGCUCUAGCCUAAGAAUUGACGAAGUCAAGACAAUCAAGAUGACAAACGAACCUAUUAAAGAGAUCCUGGGCGCCCCAAAGCAUCCUGAUUCUGUAACCACGGAGAAGAGUAACAACAAUGACUGUGUGAUAACCACCAUCCCUCUUGUAAGUGAAUGCCAGCUGACUGCGGCAACAGGGGGAGCGGAACUCUCCUGUUACCGCUGUACCAUACCCUUUGGUGUGGUUAUCCUCAUUGCUGGCAUCGUGGUUACUGCUGUGGCAUACAUCUUCAAUUCCCAUGGAUCGAUCAUCUCGGUGUUUGGAUUAGUCCUCUUGUCAUCAGGACUCCUUUUGCUGGCUUCUAGUGCAGUGUGCUGGAAAAUCAGGCAGCAAAACAAGAAAGCAAAGAGGCGGGAGAGCCAGACAGCGCUAGUGGCAAAUCAGCGAACCUUGUUUGGUUAAAGACAACCAAGAGAAGGCUGGACAGAAGACAGAACCUUUGUAAGUCAACUUGACUAUUUAUCAGUAGGAGAGAUUGCAAGUUUUAAUUUAACUUUGGAAAUAAACUGAAAUGAAAAUGGAAUGGAUUAAGAAAUACUCUUAAAAACUCUACAAGUGCUCUUAAUGUUUUCCUUACUACAGACUUGAUAGUGAUUCUUCCCAGGAAGGAGGAAAAACCACUUUUCCUUCACGGAAAACAGUGUCGUCAUAAGUGUAAUCAUCGUAACUGCAAUCAUCAUAACUGCAUUCUCCAACAUGCUGAUCAUGUUGGAAAGGGAACUUGUGAGAACUAAGAAAAUAAUUGGAACUGACUUGAAAUGCCAGAGAUCUCCUAGCAUUUGAAGUGACUACAAGCAUAAGGCCAGGUGGUCUGUGACUUAAAUUGUAGCUCAAAAAAAAACAAACCAAAAAGCAACCAAACACCUUGCAGAUUGCUCAAUAAGCUGAUUACUAUAUUUUAUGUAACUUUCCCCUCCCAAUAUCUGUGGUACUUUCCCCCUUUUUUAAACCAACUAAUAUUAAUUUUGUUUUACUAUUGAAUAGGAAUAGGUAGAAAUAUGUAAUUAUAUUGUCUAACCUAAAUAAUGAGGUAUGAUUAUAGCUUAAAACAUGAGAUUUUUUUGUAAAUUAAAGUGGUCAA